UAAAUUAAUUGGUUUACAUGAAAGUUAUAGCAGCUAAAAAUGGCGGUAUAUCUACUGGAAUUUUAUUUUUUUUUAGUAAUAGUUUUAAUAGUAAUAGCGGCAAUCAGCAAAUUAUACGGGGACUGUGGAACUGCGGCAGGCAUUCUGACACUGGGGGGAACUGACUAACUGCCACUGACAUCCCCAGUGACACUAAUACAGUGAUCAGGGCUAAUAAAAAAGCACUGACACUGUAUUAAUGGCACUGAGCAGGAAGGGGUUAACAUCUGGGCUGAUCAAAGGGUUAAUUGUGUGAUGUGUGCUGUUUUACAUAGUAAACAUACUGCUUUGUAUUGCUCUGCUCUGCUAUGCUCUACCCGAGAAAUG